AAUAACAUGAAUUACUCAAAGUCAUAUAUGUUUUUUUGUCUUGUUCUUUUUGUUAUUCUCUAUUCUCAAGUUUUAACUGCAAUUCAUGUGCAUGAUGAAUCUCCUAUUAAUGAAUCAAAUCUUCCUCCAAUGGCCGUUCAAUCCCCCUACAAAAGGAUCUUAGAGUUUAAGAAGACCAUCAGCCUUUUCAACAUCGGAAAAAAUGGUUGUAUUACUAUCAAAGAAAUUGGGAAUGUAAUGCGGUUGCUCGAUCAUAUCUCAACCAAUGUCGAGUUAAAAGUCAUAAAAAAUGAGGUCGACGUUCAUAUCAUUGGAUACCUUGAAUGGUAUUUGGAGUGGAUUCCGGAAAUUUUUAGAAAUUUUGAUGAGGAUCAUAAUGAUUUCAUAUCUGUAGAAGAAUUUCGUCAUUUCGUGACAAAGUUCGACAACCAUGAGAUGACCAUUGAAGCAGUGAACAAUACUUUUAGUGGUUAUGAUAUUGAUGGUGACAGGAAGCUAGACUUAGAUGAGUUUAUCAAUAUAGUGAAAGUGAUGAUUUAUGGACAUAGAUAAUUUGUAUGUGGUUUAUUAGUGAUGACUCUUUAGCAAUAGAUUUAGUCCUAACAUUUGUUUUAUACUAUUCCCUUCCCAUGAACAAAUCUAAGGAUAUGUUUGAACUUGAGAUUCUCCAGAUUCUCCACUUAUUCGCUUAAAGAUGUAAAUUUUUUAGUGAUCGAGUACUACUUGACAAAAAAUACAUUCAUUUGAA